UCUAUGUAUGGUAAUGGCACAUUUAAAAAGCAGCUCUGGUACCUUGUAUAUGGAAUAUGGUUGUUUGGGGUAGAUAAUUAAUAGUACUUCUAUGUUAUAUUUCCUUUUAAGAGAUAUAUUUCAGCAGGGCUGGAAUUAGGGGUAGGCAGAAGAGGCAUGUGCCUAGGGCGCAAAGGUAAAGGGGCGUCAGGUACCUCUUCUAACACAUUCCCCUAGUUCAGACCCUUGUGACUCCCAACUGUAGGAGAAAUUCUAACCGGCUGAAUGCUUCAGUCUUGGUCCAAGAUCUAGUUCUGUACGUCUUACCACUGUCCCCUUUUGUCUCCUACAGCCUUCUUUAUACUUUUUGAAUUUAAUUUUUUUGAAUUAUCAACUACAUAUGAAUUUACUGCACCAUUACCUGGCACACCUCUAAAUGAUGAGGAAUAUGAGAAAUUCUUCAGCCUGCUAAUGCCAGAGCCCAUUGCAAGAAGCCUGUGUGCUCUGCGUUUGGGUCAUGGGUGUGAGGAGCGCACAAUCAGACGAUAUGAUGCUUACGAAAACCACGGCGCUGUACCAACUGGUCCCAUCUGCACUGAUUUGAAAACCUCUAGCCACUUUGAUAACUUCUGUGAUUUUGCGAGGUUUCGCUGCUUUCACAUGCUCCACUAUGUUAAGAGGAUUCCAUGUGAAGAACAAGAGCAGCAAACAAUCCAGACACCUACAGCUACACCUGCAAAAGAUCCGUCAUUGAAAUCCCAACUUCCUCAAGAGAUAACCACAGAGACGAAACCUGCUGGUGUUACGGACAAAGUGCAAUACAAGCCCAUGAAAAUAAAGCCAGUUACAGUUGGCCACAAAACUACAGAAUCAAUCAAAGCACAAAGUCAACAACAGACAACACCACAGAAGAAAACAGUUGGACCAAAGCUCGGUGUUGACGUGUCAAAAUUACAAGCCAAUGUAAUGCCUUCAUUGAAAUAUAAAAAUGAUCCUGUAAAUGUACAAGAUAAAGCUGAGAUGUUGGCAAAACCACGAGAUGAGGCUUCCACCGUGAGCCAUAUUUCAGCAACUUCUAUCCCUGAGUCAACAAGAAUACAGGGAACAGAGUACCCAAAAGAAUAUCAAACUGCUAAUGAUGAACAGAAUAUGACAGAGGAACCUGAACCUCAAGAUUCUCAACUUGCAAAGAGCAAGAUUACUGUUAAAGAAACACAAGAUUUUAAAGCUAUGGAUAUUGACGAAACAUCAGAAGAAUCAGAUAGUGAUGAUGACAUUAUAGGUUUUGUUAGGCCAGAAAAAACACCCAGUUCAGGACAUGAGACUACAGUAACACAUAAACCAACAAAAGCACCAAGUCAUCAACGGGAAAUGGCAAAAGUGGAAAAUGUUAAGACACAACAGGAUUCUUAUGUACAUAAAAAACUAAAUAAGUUGGAAAUGGCAUGGGCAAAUAUGAUAGAGAACCCUGCUAAUAUCAAAGGAACAACUAGAAAACCCCAAGAUAUUGAAGAAACAUCAGAAGACUCAGAUAGGGAUAAUGACAUUAUAGGUUUUGCUGGACCAAAAAACCCACCUAAGUCAGGAGAGGAGACCAUUAAAGGAAUACAUAAGACAACAAAAGCACCAAGUCAUCAACGGGCAAUGGCAAAAGUGGAAAAUGUUAAGACACAACAGGAUUCUUAUGUACAUAAAAAACUAAAUAAGUUGGAAAUGGCAUGGGCAAAUAUGAUAGAGAACCCUGCUAAUAUCAAAGGAACAACUAGAAAACCCCAAGAUAUUGAAGAAACAUCAGAAGACUCAGAUAGGGAUAAUGACAUUAUAGGUUUUGCUGGACCAAAAAACCCACCUAAGUCAGGAGAGGAGACCAUUAAAGGAAUACAUAAGACAACAAAAGCACCAAGUCAUCAACGGGCAAUGGCAAAAGUGGAAAAUGUUAAGACACAACAGGAUUCUUAUGUACAUAAAAAACUAAAUAAGUUGGAAAUGGCAUGGGCAAAUAUGAUAGAGAACCCUGCUAAUAUCAAAGGAACAACUAGAAAACCCCAAGAUAUUGAAGAAACAUCAGAAGACUCCGAUAGGGAUAAUGACAUUAUAGGAUUUGCUGGACCACAAAAACCACCUGAGUGA